UUAGACACCCACAGAGUGAGAGAGAGAGAUCAACCGCAAUGUACCGCCAACCGGCGAUGGGAGACUACGUCAGCAACGGCUACCACCACCACACCAACCACCAGCACAGUGGCGGUGGUCAGGUGGCAGCGGGGCAUCGAGGAAGGCGGGGAAGCCGCGGGAGGCAGCGAAGAGAUGGCAGCGGUAGCAAUAGUAGUGGUAGUAGGGUUUGUAAUUACUACGGCGCUCAGCAGCAGGAAAAAGAAGAAGAAAGGGCUCCUCCGCCUCCGCCGUGCACGGACUUUGAUGUUGCCUAUUUUCACUCCUAUGCUCACGUUGGCAUUCACGAAGAAAUGAUCAAGGAUCGUGCGCGGACUGAAACUUACCGGAACGCAAUUUUGCAGCAUCAGAGUCACAUUGCAGGAAAAGUUGUAGUUGAUGUUGGUUGUGGAACAGGGAUUCUUUCCAUAUUUUGUGCUCAGGCUGGUGCUAAAAGAGUGUAUGCAGUGGAUGCCAGUGACAUUGCCAUACAGGCAAAUGAAGUGAUAAAGGCUAACAACUUAUCUGACACGGUCAUUGUUUUACAUGGGCGUGUUGAGGAUGUUGAAAUUGAUGAAGAAGUCGAUGUUAUCAUCUCUGAAUGGAUGGGCUACAUGCUUCUUUAUGAGAGCAUGCUAGGAAGUGUGAUUAGAGCAAGAGAUCGUUGGCUGAAACCUGGAGGUCUGAUUCUUCCUUCAAAUGCCACGUUAUACAUGGCACCUGUGACACAUCCAGACCGAUAUUCUGAUAGCAUUGACUUUUGGCGCAAUGUGUAUGGAAUUGAUAUGUCUGCAAUGCUACCAUUAGCAAAACAGUGUGCAUUUGAAGAGCCAUCUGUGGAGACAAUUAGCGGAGAAAAUGUUCUGACGUGGCCUCAUGUGGUAAAAAAUGUGGACUGCUAUACAGUUUCAGUUCAUGAGCUAGAGUCAAUCACGACAAGCUUUAGGUUUCAGUCAAUGAUGCGAGGUAAAUUGUCACCAUUCCAUGGUUUUGCUUUCUGGUUUGAUGUGGAGUUCAACGGGCCUGAUCUAAAUCCUUCCAAUAAUGACACAUCUUCAUUCAAUGCAUCCUCCAACGGCUAUGUUACUGAUCCUAAUCAGCGAAAGAAGCGUCCCAAUCCCAAUGAAGCACUUGUGCUUUCAACUGCACCUGAGGAUCCUCCAACACACUGGCAACAGACCUUGAUAUACUUCUAUGAUCCCAUAGAUGUGGAGCAAGAUCAAGUUAUUGAAGGUUCUGUAACUUUGUCACAGAGCAAGGAAAAUGCUCGGUUCAUGAAUAUCCAUCUUGAAUAUGCAUCUGGUGGUCGAUCAUUUGUAAAAGAGUCAGUUAUGCGAUGAGCUAGCUAGGUAAUUCCUUCCGAGUUAAUUUGUUGGGUUCAUGAACUGGAGCUAGAGGAUUUCAAAUGGAACUUUUCUUGGGCUGUUGUGUGCUAAUUUGUUCUGCUUCUUAGAUUCACUGCCCACUUAAGAGUUUCAACAUAUUGGUGGAUUCACGUCAUUUCUACUGUCAUUACUUCCUGAAGCUUCGAGAAGUAAUUGGAUAUGUUUGACUGUGAAAAGUGAAAUUUUAAUAGUUUUUCUUGUACAAAAUCAAGUACAGGAAGAUGCUGAAAGAAUUGCAAUGACCCUUGGUGCCCUGGAAUGGUUGGUGGUACCUGUAACUCAUACUUUUAGAAUGUCAUACAUGGAAAAUAGGUAAAAGCAGAAACUGUGACUCUUGGGAUUCAGGUUAGGUGUUGUGUUUUUCUUGUUUAUGCCUUGUGGCAGAUAGGAUCUAGCUUUAUUGUUGUUGACGAUUCUAGGAUUUAGCUUUAUUGUUGUUGAGCUUAUAGUUAUUCUGCCAGUUAGGAGAAAAAUAUUGGUUGAUUAACUGAAUAUUUCUGUAGUAUUUAUAAGGUGUCCCAACGUUUCUCUAUGUUAUACACUGCUAUGAAUCUUGACAUAUCUGUCUAGUAUUUUUGGAUCCAGCUGUGAUAAUGUGAGAUCGAGUGGUAAAUUUUUGAGAUGAA